UUUCUUCCUGUGGCUCUUCCCAUCUCUGCUGCUUGGUGCUAGCUCGUCUGUCUCCCCUUAGCAUAAGCUGAGCCUAGCGAGCUGCUAGCCGCCAGCAUCAUGUCGCAGGCGCUUUCGGAGGAGGAGUUCCACCGUAUGCAGGCUCAGUUGCUGGAGUUGAGGACACACAACUAUCAGUUGUCUGAUGAGCUGAGGAAGAACUCCGCUGAGCUGACCACCUUGCGUCAGAAAAAUGUGGUGUUGGAAAGAGAUUUUGUCAAAGCACAGAAGGCUCUGAAUAAGAGCAAACGAGCCCAGGAAGUGGAAGCACUGCUGAGUGAGAAUGAGAUGCUUCAGGGGAAACUUCACAGUCAGGAAGAAGAUUUUCGACUUCAGAACAGCACGCUCAUGGCGGAACUUUCCAAGUUGUGUAUGCAAAUCGAGCAGCUGGAACAGGAAAACCAGCGUCUUAAGGAAGUGGAAGGGGUGGCAGCUUCCCAGCCUCUGCCCAACACCACCUCCAGUCCUGCUGAUGAAGAGCUGUUACGACUCCAGGCUGAGAACGCUGCGCUACUGAAGAAAGUGCGAGCUCUUCAGGAGCACUGUAAUGCAGAGCAGCCGAGAUCAGUGCUUUCUGAUGGCGACCAGAACGCUACCUCACUGAAGGACAGAUCAGUAGGGGCCAAUGGUGUGCCUGAUGUCAAUAGCAAAGGGGAGGAGCCUGCAUCAGAAGGGGACAAUGUGAGCGGGCAGCAGACCACAGCUCAGAUGGAACAAACGCAGUUACAUGCGCCCCCUUUAGGCCUGUCAGAGAAGAGCGUAGAGGAGAUUGUAGCUAAGCACUCAGCGCUAGGCUGGUCGGCUGCUCUGUGUCCAAUAACUCACUGCUUUGGAGCAGAGCUGGAGGUCGCCCUGAACACCCAGCAUGAGGAGAAGAGGCUGCUGAGGGAGCAACUGCGUGACCUGGAGGUGAGCAAACAGGCUGAACUCUCCAAACUACAGGAUGAAUUGUCAAAGCUGUCUGACAAGUUAAAGAAGAAACAAGAAAGCUUCCAGCGUCUUCAGGCGGAGAAGGAGGUUCUGUACAACGAUAGCAGGACAAAGAUUGAAGAGAUUAAUCAGAAGAAAGAGGAGGAGCUUAAGUUGAUGAACACACGAAUCCAGAAGCUACAGUCAGACUUGGCGGCAGCCAAUCAGGUGACGACAGAGCUGAGAGAGCGGUUUCAGACCUGCGACAAAGAACACCAGCUGGCUGUGAACGCUCUCAAAGAAAAGGUAGCAAGUCAGAGUGCAGUGAGUCAGGAGCAGGUGGACAACAUCCUGCAGGAAAACGAUGCUCUGAGGACUAAUUUAGCUGCUCUAGAACAGAUUCAGGCCAGCAAGAUGCAGGAGCUCAACCUGCUGCGCGAGCAGCAGGAGGCGCAGGCGGCCGAACUGCAGCAGAGUCGAGCGGAGCAAGAAAAGCUAUUGGCCCAGAGGGAUGACCUGGACUCGCAACUGCAGGAGUCAAGUUUUGCAAACAGGAAGUUGUUGGAACAAUUAACAGAAGAAGGACAAGAAAAGGAUAAGCUACUCAGGGAGUUGGAGGAGAGCAAGAAGACAGCAGAGAAGAGGAAGGCCAUGUUAGACAGUAUGGCCAUUCAACUAAAUCAGGAGACGUCCAACCACAAGGAGGCACUGUCAGACCUCAAACUUCAGCACGAGAAGGAGAUCCUUGGCGUGAGGGCCCGCUAUGAGAAAGAACUUCGAGGUCUUCACGAGGAGAAAAAUCGUUCAGAGGAGGACAUUCGGCAACAGCUCAGAGACGAAAAGGCUCGUAGCAAAGAGUUGGAGACUCUUCAGACCAAAGUGAAAGAACUUCAUGGUCAGCUGCAGUCCAUGGAAGAAACCAAAGGAUGGUUUGAACGACGGCUCAAUGAAGCUCAGGAAAACACAGACAAGUUGAUUUUGGACCAUCAGGAAGCUGUCAAAUCUCUUCAGGAACAACACAUACUUGAUCUACAGGCUAAGCAGGCCGAGGCAGAAGCGGUCCACAAGCAGCUGUUAGAAGUCCAGAAUCAGCGAGAGGAAGACCACGGCGCCAUUGCCAAACUCAAACAGGAGAUCAAAGACACAGUGGAUGGCCAGAGAAUAAUUGAGAAGAAAGGAAGUGCAGCGUUGAAGGACUUAAAGAGACAGUUGCACCUGGAAAGGAAGCGAGCAGACAAACUACAGGAGAGACUUCAAGAGAUCCUAACCAACAGCAAGAGCAGAACAGGUCUUGAGGAGCUGGUCUUAUCGGAGAUCAACAGUCCCAGUCGUACUCAGCAGACCGGAGAUUCGUCUUCCGUCUCAUCUUUCUCCUACCGAGACGUAAUGAAGGAGAGCCAGAGCGUCGGUCAGAACAAGUCGGGAGGAGGAAGUCCUCAAUGUCAGCGUGCCGCCGAGCUGUCCGACGACGAGCUGGGUGAACUAUUCCAGAGGCUCGCUGAGGUUCAGCAGGAGAAGUGGAUGCUGGAGGAGAAGGUCAGUUCAGCCACUGACAUACCGAAUACAUGUAGUUCAGCGCAUAUUGUAAAACACCUGGAGGUGAGUUGCUCGUCCAUGGCAGAGGACAUCUGCAGAAAAAGCGCCAUCAUCGAGACCUAUGUCAUGGACAGUCGCAUAGACGUGUCAGGUGGCGCCACGGGUGGUCACGGAGUUUCUCAGGUUGACCGAGGAGGUCUGGGUUCCGUCUUGAGGGAUCUGGUGAAGUCUGGGGAUGAGAACCUGCGUGAAAUGAACAAGAAGCUGCAGAACAUGUUGGAGGAACAGCUGACCAAGAACAUGCACCUUCACAAGGACAUGGAGGUUUUGUCCCAGGAAUUAGUCCGUCUCAGUAAGGAACCAGCUCCUGAUGGCAGUUCAGCUGGCUCCGGUUGA